ACACACACACACACACACACGCGCACGCAAACACCCCACCGCACCAUGCUCUCCCAGUUCAUUUCUCGCGGAGUGGUCGGCCUGCUCUCGCGCCCGGCCCAGCUGGCUUCUGCCGUCGCGGCUCCUCUCGGUGCGGCUGGCCCGAUGAUGGCCCAGCGCUUUGCCUCCAAGAAGGCCGGUGGUUCGUCUCGAAACGGCCGUGAUUCGCCCGGUCAGCGUCUCGGUGUCAAGCGCUUUGGCGGCGAGGAGGUGAAGGCCGGUAGCAUCAUUGUCCGCCAGCGCGGCACUCAGUUCAUGCCCGGCGAGAAUGUCGGCAUGGGCCGCGAUCAUACCCUCUUUGCCCUGACCGAAGGCUGUGUCAAGUUCACCUGGAACGAGGAUCGCAAGCGCUUUGCCGUCAACAUCGGCCCGCUGCAGGCCCCGCGCGAGGUGCGCGUCUUCGCCCGGCCGGACCGCGCGCCCAUGCGUGUCUACCCCAAGAGUGUGGCCCCUCAGUACGAGGAGGGUGCCAAGUACAUUGUCUACGAUCCGACCGAUCAGCCCGCCGCCAAUGCCUAAGGGACAGCGUCGUGUGUCAUGGCUGCUCAGGGCCCCCCGAGGGAGCGCGAAGGGCCGAGAGCCGAAGACCCGGCACGGGCCUUGUGUUCGGCUUCUCCUCCUGCCCUGAUGCUGAUUGCGUUCGCAUUCCGGCCCAGCCUUCCCCUUGCUCUUGCUUUUUCCCCUCUCCGUGGGUUGCCUUUGUGCGGCGCCUGGUUGCACAGGAUCCCCCCUCCAAACACUUCCCCACCUCAAUAGACCUGAAAAAUUCC